AGCCGAGAAAAAAAAAAACUUUUAAUUUAGCUCGUUGGCUAGUAGCGUUUGUUUGUCAAAGUAAAGGUAUAUUAAAAAAGACAAGAAAAUUAUAUUUAUAUGCGGUUACUGAAUGGCACUCGGUGUCUUGCGAAGCAAACCGAUCAGACACGGCUUUCAUCGUGAUAUCCCAUGACUGCGAUGACCUGUAAGUUAAGUGGCCUGUUCAGCAUUGGCGAGGACUUUGAUGAUGAGGACCUGCUCGGGACAGAUUGGCCUGUCCGCUCGGCGUCUGGACCAGCCGAUGUGGCAGCUGCUGUGUCAUCCUGCACGCUGCGUGCCUCCUCUGUUGCUCACAGAGAUCCGGUGAAAAAUCGCCUUCAGCAAACUGCAGAGAGAUCAGCUGCCCUGUGUAAUGGCACAGCAUCAAGAAGCAGCACGCACACUGCUGCUGGACAAACUGUUGCUCUGGGUUUAAGACAGCUGUCCUCCUCCUCUUCUUCCUCGUCCUCCACCCCUCAGCCUCACCCCCCCUGUCCUCCCACACUGAAAAAUACUCAGCCUAACUUUGCACCACCACAGAGUCAUGCUAACACUGGGGGGUUGCUCAAGCCCUGUGUGGCUCCGGAUGAUUUUGAUGAUUGGGAUGUUGACCUGGCAGACCUGGAUGAGUGUGAUGGCCAGAUGGAGCAGCCACUUCCUGCUCCACCUGCGCCCACAGUUGAGCCUCCACCUUCAUCCAAAAUGCUUCGACCCCCGACCUGUGGAGGGAUUCAAACACUACCUGAACGGACUCUGGCUGCACACCAACCGUAUGGCUCAUCUAGUCAUAGCUUACCCCCUAGGACCCUCUCCACUGCUCAUGUGCGAUCUCCAGCUCCCCGCACUACUUUCAUAUCAGCCUCCCCACACAUUCCUAGUGUUUUCCCUGGUCUCACUGCAACUUCUCCUGCUCCCAGCCCAAUUUCCAAGACACUCAUCAGGCCACAGAGACAGUGGGCAACUCCAGGACCCUCCCCUCGGGCCGGUGGCCUCUUUGAGACAGUCUCCCCAGCACCUUCCUCCUCCUCUGUGAGCUCCCCCACUCUGAGCCCUCAUCCUCUUCACACACCGGUCCUCACUAACCGCCUGGUCCAGCUGGUAUCUGCCUCCAAUAAGCCUCCUAAGAAGAGGCCUCGCUCUGAGCCUCACCGGCGCAGGCCCAGGCGGUUCCCCGGCCCCGCUGGACUCCUGCCGCAGCAGCCACAGGGUCAGAGCCUGGACGACAUAGUGGUAUCUGUUCCUCAUACUCCUGCUCAUGGUGCUGUGGCCCGGUUGCCAAGCCAGGCUUCCAGCUCACAAACUGAGGAAGAGGAGUUCAGUGGCGGUGCCUGGGCGGCGAUGAAGGCAGAGAUGGGACUGGAUGAGAGGAACCCGUCAUGCUUCCUGCACUCAUACAGUGUCGUCAUGGUGCUUCGAAAGGCUGCACUGAAACAGCUGGCAAAAAACAAAGUGCCCAACAUGGCUGUGCUUCUGAAGAGCAUCAUCCACACUCAUGCUGAUGCCAAGGCUGUGUUUAAAGACCCAACAGGGGAGAUUCAGGGGACUGUACAUCGGCAGCUCCUGGAGGACAGAGUGGAGGAGCUGAAGGUUGGAACCGUACUGCUGCUCAAACAAGUUGGUGUGUUUUCUCCCUCCCAUCGUAACCAUUACCUGAACGUGACACCCAACAACCUGCUGAGGAUCUACGCCCCUGAUGGAGUCAGUCUGUCCUCCACUCAGCUCCCCCCGCUGGUCCUGGAGCGGAUGUUGCCAUCAUCCUCUCAGUCUCCCACGGUCCUCCGGGAGCCGGUAUCUCGGAUGCAUCUGGUGUUUGACGAGGAGGAUGACGAGGGAGAAAAGGGUGAAAAAUGCACAGAGGGAGACGGAGAACCUCAAGCUCCAACUGGCACUGGAGUGAGCUCCAGCAGAGGCCCCCAAGAGCCUGCUGGGUAUCCAGCAGCACAGGACACAGGCUGGGAUGCAGAUGAUGACUUGGAUGAACUCCUGGGAGAGUUACCUGAGGACACCUACAGCCUUUGAUGUAACUUUACAUCAGGAAACAUACAGACUGUCUCCACUGACUUGAGUUAUUUCUUGGCUGACUAACAGCCAACAGUUCAUCCUGGGAAGAUGUUUUCCUAGUACGUCAACUGUGUUCAAUACCUGUUUCAUAAAUACCACAGUGUAUAGUCUUGAGUUAAUUUGUUGUUGCUGUCUCAUCGCUGUGCAUCAUUGAUGAUUGAUGUGUUAUAAGGAGCAGUCACUCAAAGCCAACACAUGCUCAUUAUUUAAUGACAAAGCUGCAGAAAUCAUCCCUGUUUCAUUUCAGCUCCACAAUUUAUAUUCUCAUAAAGAUAAUUCUGGUAAUUAGUCUGAGAUUGGGUGUGUAUCGUCCAUUGUUGCCCUUGCUUCACUGACCUUGAAAUUGAAGACUAAUCUACACAGCAUUGAUUUGCAAAUUAUGCUAAAUGAAAAGUGAGGUGAGGCUUCUUUGUCUGUUUCAUUUUCCUGUUAGUUUUUGUCCUUGCCCUCUCCUCUCAUUGGUGUCUGUUUAUCUGAGUGUCAGAGUGGAGUGGAUAAACUGUGACCCAGCUUGUUACUGUGCAUUAAGAGGUGUAAUAGAGGUUUUUGGGCAGGGAUUGCAGGGAGGCAGUCUUAGAGUCCCAUGUGGUUUGCUUGACCAAAAAGUAUUUACCCAGCCCUGCUUGAAUCAGGGUAGAGUUGUACCGUGACUAACAGGCUCUUAUGUAGGCUUUCCCAAUAGGAUCUGAGCCCCAGAUCCAGACUCUUCCACUACCCCAGCCUCACAAACACUGUAACAGAUUCAGGUUAAUCCUCAGCCUUUUUGUCAUUUUGUGUAUGAUGCAGCUGUGCAAAUUUCCUGGUUUAUGUUCAGAAGAAAGAGAAUGGGGAUGAUGAAAUACAGUGCAUUUGCAGUCAUCCCGAAUAAUUCUUGCUUUCUCCUCUUUGCUGUGUGCCUGAAGUAAGUACAGUUUACAGUACAGUCUGUAAGUAUUUGCACAGUGAUGCAUUUUAUACAGUUUUGGCUCAAAAUUUCAACACAAUUGAUCUUAAAUUAGACAAUGGCUAUGAGGAUAAGGUGGUGACUUUCAGCUUAGGCGACUUUUGCAUCCAUAUAGAGAAAACAGUGUUGAAAUUGUGGGUCUGUCCUUAUUCUACAGCUUCAAAAGUUGGGGUGGGGGUGGGGUUGUAUGUAAAGGGCUACAAGCCCCCCCCACUGCUAACCUGAAAUGGAUUUGAAUUACAUUAAAGGGUCAGUUCACACAAAUUUCUCCCUCAUUCCUCACAGUAACUAGCCAUGCAGAUGCUGUUUGUUUUACUCGUCCAGGUUUUCUGCAAAGGACUGGGAAAAGACAUUAAAACAAGUCAGCAGCAACAUGUCUUUCCAAAGACUGGUGGAUAAUCUACACUCCUCACUGUGAACAGUUUACAGUGAAGCU